ACCACCACAACAACGACAAAUGUCACCUUUCAACUUGACCCAAACUGCAACUUAACAAUUGGGAAUAUUACCUCUGGAAAUGGUUUAAUAACUGGUCUGACUCCUGGAGCUGUCUAUCAAAUUGUCUUAAACUGUUCAGACUGCAGCAAUGUGUCACAAAUCACAACAAAGCCAGAAACUGUCAGUUUAACAGUCACUAAUAUCACAACAUCGUCUAUGUUUGUGAGCUGGACUAAACCAGUGGGAAACAGCUCCUUCUAUAAAGUACAGUGGAAAGGAACAAGUUUCUCUGUAAAUGUCAGUGAGAUGUUUUAUAACAUUACUAACCUGACUGCUGGUGGCCAGUAUGAAAUAACUGUCACUGCAGUGGCUGGUGAUAAUUAUACUGAAGGACAGAGUGCUACUGUCACCAAGUACACAAAACCUGCUGUGGUCAAGAACCUUACUUUCACUGGUUUCACAACAACAUCUGUGUCUGUAAAUUGGACUAAACCUGAUGGGGGUGUUGACUGGUACAUAAUCCAGUGGAAUGGAACACAACAGGUCUCCAAUCGCACAAAUGAAACUUUCUUUACUAUUCCAGGCUUAACCCCUGGCACCCAAUACAUCAUUUCAGUGGCUGCUGCUGUAAACCAGUCAAAUGUGGGAGAUAACAGCUCUAUAUCUACCUUCACAAAACCUGCUGUGGUCAAGAACCUUAUUUUCACUGGUUUCACAACAACAUCUGUGUCUGUAAAUUGGACUAAACCUGAUGGGGGUGUUGACUGGUACAUAAUCCAGUGGAAUGGAACACAACAGGUCUCCAAUCGCACAAAUGAAACUUUUACUAUUCAAGGCUUAACCCCUGGCACCCCGUACAACAUUUCAGUGGCUGCUGCUGCUGUACAGCAGUCAAAUGCGGGAGAUAACAGCUCUAUAUCUACCUUCACAAAACCUGCUGUGGUCAAGAACCUUAUUUUCACUGGUUUCACAACAACAUCUGUGUCUAUAAAUUGGACUAAACCUGAUGGGGGUGUUGACUGGUACAUAAUCCAGUGGAAUGGAACACAACAGGUCUCCAGCCGCACAAAUGAAACUUUUACUAUUCCAGGCUUAACCCCUGGCACCCCGUACAUCAUUACAGUGGCUGCUGCUGCUGUACAGCAGUCAAAUGUGGGAGAUAACAGCCCUAUAUCUACCUUCACAAAACCUGCUGUGGUCAAGAACCUUAUUUUCACUGGUUUCACAACAACAUCUGUGUCUAUAAAUUGGACUAAACCUGAUGGGGGUGUUGACUGGUACAUAAUCCAGUGGAAUGGGACACAACAGGUCUCCAAUCGCACAAAUGAAACUUUCUUUACUAUUCCAGGUUUAACCCCUGGCACCCCGUACAGCAUUACAGUGGCUGCUGCUGCUGUACAGCAGUCAAAUGUGGGAGAUAACAGCUCUAUAUCUACCUUCACAAGGCCUGAAAAGCCUGGGACCAUUAGUGUUACACAAGGAACCAACACCUUAAGCAUCAGCUGGAUUUUGCCUCGAGGAAACAUUAGUUAUUAUCAGGUCAAUAUAUCCAAUGAAAACUUAGUGUUUACAAACUCCAGUCAAACAGUGGCCACAACAACCAAUUUUACUUAUUUAAAACCCGGGAGGUUCUAUAAUAUCACAGUGACUGCUUUUGCUGGAAACUUCUGGAAUACAUCUGACCAGGUGUCAUUUGCCACUGUACCUGAAGCAGUCUCAAACAUUACAGCCGUAGGAACCACAACUAGCCUUUCAGUGAGCUGGACACUGGUGACAGGGAAGGUCUCCAGUUACAGUGUUGUGCUAAAUAGUGCUGGACAGUUAGUGAACAGCACGGAUGUAAACAAUCAAACUACAAACACAGUCUUUGGGGGCUUGACACCAGGAGUAAUUUACUGUGUGCAGUUGAUCACCAAAAGUGGACCUUAUGAGAAUUACAGUUCACUUGUCUGCAACGCAACUUUUCCCAACCCUCCUGGCUCCAUCACAGUGCAAUCUCAGACAGUUAAUUCCAUCAACUUCACCUGGGCCCUUCCACAGAACAUGAGCCAAAAGCAAUACAACUUUAGUAUCACCACCACUAACAACACCUUUGUGACAAAAGACAACUGGUUCCUGCUGGGAAACCUCACAUCUGGAAGCCCCUACAAUAUCUCUGUUGUUACUGUGGGUGUAAUGGGAUAUAAAAGUACAUCAGUGACAACAGUAAACUAUACCAAGCCCGAGACAGUACAGCCCACUAUCUCAGGUCAUUCGAAUAGUUCCAUCACCGUGACAUGGACGAAACCUAAAGGAAAUGUGGAGAGUUACAGUCUUUACCUAACACCUAAUACAACUAUUCAAUCCCUGAACUCUUUGACUGCAUCGUACCAGUUUGCAAACCUGUCAGCUGGACGGGCGUACAGCGUCAUGUUAACCACAAUAAGUGGACCCUUCAAUGCAUCAUCUGAACUCGUUACUUACGCCACUAUCCCUAACCCUCCUGGGCCGAUUGAGAUCCUGAGUAAAACAACAAGUUCCAUUGAAACUCAAUGGACAGAGGCGCCUCUGAUGACUGGUGCAAAAUUCUACUACCUGCUGACUUACACAUCAUCCCAGCAAUCCAACAAUAUCAAUACCACAAACACCAGUUGGAACUUCUCUUCCCUGUCUUCUGGGACUUCCUACAACAUUUCUGUGACAACUGUGGGAGAAUUGGGAUUUCAGAGUGAGACGGUUCACAUCUACAUGGUCACAACAAAACCUGCUGUGGUCAAGAACCUUACUUUCACUGGUUUCACAACAACAUCUGUGUCUGUAAAUUGGACUAAACCAAAUGGGGGUGUUGACUGGUACAUAAUCCAGUGGAAUGGAACACAACAGGUCUCCAAUCGCACAAAUGAAACUUUCUUUACUAUUCCAGGCUUAACCCCUGGCACCCCGUACAACAUUUCAGUGGCUGCUGCUGCUGUACAGCAGUCAAAUGAGGGAGAUAAAAGCUCUAUAUCUACCUUCACCAGGCCUGAAAAGCCUGGGAACAUUAGUGUUACACAAGGAACCAACACCUUAAGCAUCAGCUGGAUUUUGCCUCGAGGAAACAUUAGUUAUUAUCAGGUCAAUAUAUCCAAUGAAAACUUAGUGUUUACAAACUCCAGUCGAACAGUGGCCACAACAACCAAUUUUACUUAUUUAAAACCCGGGAGACUCUAUAAUAUCACAGUGACUGCUUUUGCUGGAAACUUCUGGAGUACAUCUGACCAGGUGUCAUUUGCCACUGUUCCCAAACCUCCUGGGUCCAUCAUCUUCAGUAGACAGAGCAACUCCUCACUCCAGCUGCAGUGGGCAACACCUGAUGAGAUGAGCAGAGCUCCAGACAUCAUAUACAGUAUCGCCUAUCAGGCUGUGGGUGGUCCCAGUCAAAACACAACUUCCACACAAAAUAACACUUUGCUUUCUCUCCUUGACUCUGGAACCAACUACACUGUAACAGUAAAAACUAUUGGACCUGGAAAUUUAAGCAGCACGGUUGUUCAGAAUUCUUCUUUUACCUUGCCAAACCCUGUGAGGAAUCUAAUAGUCAGCCCUGAAUCUACUACUUCACUAAAUGUGAACUGGUUAAACCCACUGGGGGUCAAAUCGUAUUACAGAUACUUAGUUGACACUUACAAUGACACAGGAGGGCUUAUUUACUCAACAAAUAUCACCAAUAACAGCACUACUGUACCGAAUCUAAACCCAGGAACUAACUACAGUGUCACAGUCAGAACAAAAGCUGCAGAAGGAAGUGAAUCUACGGUGGAAAAGGCAUUCAGUUACACAAUACCUGAAGCAGUCUCAAACAUUACAGCCGUAGGAACCACAACUAGCCUUUCAGUGAGCUGGACACUGGUGACAGGGAAGGUCUCCAGUUACAGUGUUGUGCUAAAUAGUGCUGGACAGUUAGUGAACAGGACGGUAAACAAUCAAACUACAAACACAGUCUUUGGGGGCUUGACACCAGGAGUAAUUUACUGUGUGCAGUUGAUCACCAAAAGUGGACCUUAUGAGAGUAACAGUUCACUUGUCUGCAACGCAACUUUUCCCAACCCUCCUGGCUCCAUCACAGUGAAAUCUCAGACGGUUAAUUCCAUCAACUUCACCUGGGCCCUUCCACAGAACAUGAGGCACAACCAAUACAACUUUAGUGUCACCACCACUAACAACACCUUUGUGACAAAAGACAACUGGUUCCUGCUGGGAAACCUCCCGUCUGGAAGCCCCUACAAUAUCUCUGUUGUUACUGUGGGUGUAAUGGGAUAUAAAAGUACAUCAGUGACAACAGUAAACUAUACCAGACCAUUUCCUGUAUCCAAUCUGACUCAGACAGAAAUAACUACAAAUGCAGUGACCUUGGUGUGGAAACAGCAGGAGAGCAAAUUAAGCUACUCUUAUUGGGUGCAGGUCACCAACGAGUCCAAUGUUAUUGUAAACGAAUUAAAUGUGAAAAUAACAAACGCAACAAUCAUAAAUCUUCGUUCUGGGAGCAACUUCAACUUCACUGUCACUACACUGACAGCAGAUGGCACUCAGGCAGAUCCUGGGACAGUGUCUUACUUCACACGGCCAUAUAAUAUUACUGAGUUGAAGGCUGAAACCAUAAACACAACUGCUAUAAAUCUGAAUUGGAUGAAGACAGCUGAGUACAAGGAUGACUAUAAAUAUCGAGUUGCUACAUCAGGCUGUGCCUACAAAAAUGACACUCUGAGACAAAAAACCAUACAGAUCUCAGGCCUCAACCCUGGGACCAACUGUACCUUCUGUGUUUCUGUCAUGGCAGCAAAUGGCAUUGAAGGACAAACAGUCUGCACCUCUCAGUACACCAAGCCCGAGACAGUACAGCCCACUAUCUCAGGUCAUUCGAAUAGUUCCAUCACCGUGAAAUGGACGAAACCUAAAGGAAAUGUGGAGCGAUACAGUCUUUACCUAACACCUAAUACAACUAUUCAAUCCCUGAACUCUUUGACUGCAUCGUACCAGUUUGCAAACCUGUCAGCUGGACGGGCGUACAGCGUCGUGUUAACCACAAUAAGUGGACCCUUCAAUGCAUCGUCUGAACUCGUUACUAACGCCACUCUCCCUAACCCUCCUGGGCCGAUUAAGAUCCUGAGUAAAACAACAAGUUCCACUGAAACUCAAUGGACAGAGGCGCCUCUGAUGACUGGUGCAAAAUUCUACUACCUGCUGACUUACACAUCAUCCCAGCAAUCCAAAAAUAUCACUACCACAAAUACCAGAUGGAACUUCUCUCCCCUGUCCUCUGGGACUUCCUACAACAUUUCUGUGACAACUGUGGGGGAACUGGGAUUUCAGAGUGAGACGGUUCGCAUCACAACUAUCACUAGUGUUGCUGUUGGUGUAUCGGUACCAGUUUUUCCCAUUCUCUUCAGUGUCCUCAUCGGCUUUAUUAUCUACUGAGAAAGGCCAGCCAAAAAAGAAUCACCAGACAUCCAGAUUCAAUCUUUAAGAGACAAGAUGUAAAUACGAAAUCUUCAAAUCAGAAAACAUGAGCAUAUCUUUCAAAUGUAAUGUGAUGCCACGGUGCUGGGUAUGUGACCCAGUGUUGUGAGUGGAUUCAUUUUUCUUUCCUUUGCAUUAAGAAGAGGAUUUAGGUUUAAGGUUUGAUUGGUUUAGUUCUUUUAGUGACUCUUAGUUUAUCUAUGUUUCUGGGCCAUGGUUUCUUGUUUGCUGUUGUUAGGUUCCUUUUGUGUAUUAGUUUCUGUCGCUCUCUUUUCUCUCGUGUUGUCCUCACCUAAGUCUCUGGAGUCGUGGAUUUGGGUCCUCUCUCUGCCUGCCACACAGCAUCAUGACAUGUUAGUGUUUUUCUGAAUAAACCUUAUCACUAAUAUUUGGUUCAAGCAGAAAUGUGGCUGUGAGUGUUGAGGACUUUGAGGCUUAUUACAUGAAGCAGAGAGCAGACUCCAAAUAUGGCUUUGCAGAGGAAUUUGAGGGAAAUCACAAAAACUGAAUAUCAUUUUGCUAGAUUAAUUUUUAUGCCUUUCAGGCUUUUGAUAACAGUCAUUUAGCUUCCUGGAUUCAAACACUGAGUUUUUUUUUAUUAUUAUUAUUAUUAUUUUUUUUUAGGAUUUAUGAAUGUUGACAGUGGACGAAACUGCACAUAGAGCUGCAAUAAUGGAUUAUCUGUCUUGGACACUUUUCUAUAGUUGCAUAUUUUUGUAUUGCUAAGAUGUUUUAUAAAUGCUUCUUAAUACUGUAUAUGUCUCACUGAUGAUUCGAUCUUUUUGCUCAGUGUUGGGAAGUUUAGGCUUCCCAUGACUUUGUGUUGCAUGUUACAUUACUUAUAUAAUCAAAAUAAAAUGUAUUUAUUAUUCA